AUGUCUCACCCAAAUGGGCAUUUCCUAGCCCUUCAGAUCCCGGUGACCCCUGUUCCCAUGGACACUGUCUUUUCAGGCAGGGUGGUGAAUGUGUCCAGCAUGGUGAGCCUCCGAGCGCUCAAGAGCUGCAGCCCAGAGCUGCAGCAGAAGUUCCGAAGCAACACCAUCACGGAGGAAGAGCUGGUGGCGCUCAUGAACAAGUUCGUGGAAGACACGAAGAACGGGACUCACCAGAAGGAGGGCUGGCCCAACACCGCCUACGGCGUCACCAAGAUCGGCGUCACGGUGCUGUCCAGAAUCCAGGCCAGGGAGCUGACGGAGCAGAGGAAAGGGGCCGGCAUCCUCCUGAAUGCCUGCUGCCCAGGGUGGGUGAGAACCGACAUGGCUGGGCCCAAGGCCCCCAAGAGCCCAGAAGAAGGAGCAGUGACCCCAGUGUACCUGGCCCUCCUGCCCCCAGAUGCCGAUGGCCCUCACGGACAGUUUGUUACGGAAAAGAAAGUGGAGCAGUGGUGAGCAAGGCUGUCUGCUCCGGCCAUGAGCCCCAACCAAGAGCUGUCGUGAUUGGACAGGUCUGCUGACAAACAUAGGUUCAUUCCCACGGACCAGCCUCCCCGCCACCCCAUCCCCGACCUCAGUCAGAACCUCUAUUGGGUCCACACUGAGCUGCCUCCUGAUUCUGUGAUUUCUUUUUUUGUGUGAUUGCUUCUGCGGCCAGCGUUUGAAUCAGUGACAGCUGUGAAUGAAAAGCAACAAAUGA